AAAGAAGCUCUCUCUCUCUCUCUCUAUCUAUAUAUAUAUAUAUAUAUAUAUCCGUGACCGAAGGCAGAUGUCAGUCUUUUAUUCCUUGCAAAAUAAAAAUUGUUUACCAGGAUAUCUUGAACUUUGUACAUCAUAAUCUUUUCUAAGCACUACUUUCAUCUUCCUUUUUGACAUUAGCUCUGAUCUAAAGAGCUACACAGCUGGCAUAUUCAAAAUGACCAAGACAGUAGUCAUUCUGGGCGCUGGCCUUGCAGGAAUACCUCUGGCACACUACCUCCUCACGAAAACCGCUGCCAAUGUUCCCGACUUGCGCGUUGUCCUUGUCAACCCCAGCAAUGAGUUCUACUGGAACCUAGCAUCGGUGCGAGUUGUAAUUCCAGGCAAGCUCACUGAGGACCAGUAUAUGUGGCCGAUUCCGAAACUCUUUUCCAAAUACCCCUCGGAUAAGUUUGAGUUUGUGCUCGGCAAAGCCGAGACUCUAUCCCCAGACACAAACUCCGUUGUGGUUGUCCUGAGUGAUGGCUCGAGGAGGAACAUCGAUUACCACACUGUCGUUGUGGCCACCGGGUCAGACGCCAAGGAAGACAUGCCGUGGAAACCACUCGGCAGUAGUCAGCAGACUCGUGCUGCUGUGGCGAAGCUGCAAGAAGAAAUCAAGAAUGCCAAGUCCAUCGUCGUAGGAGGUGCCGGCACAACUGGUGUGGAAUUCGCUGGUGAGCUUGGGUCGGAGUAUUCCAAAACUGGCAAAAAAACCAUCACGCUGAUUGCGGCUGGUUCGUUGCCCCUUGAAGACCAAAUCAUGAAGAGUACGCGAGAGGCGGCAAAGGAUCAGCUAGAGAAGCUGAAAGUCAAGGUCAUCACCGACACCAAGGUCACCGAUAUUACUCAAUCGGGAGGCAAGCAGAUCCUCGAGCUGACCAAGUCGGAUGGAAGCAAGACAACUAUCGAGACCGAUCUCUUCGUACCGACCUAUGGAAUGACUAUCAACACCCAAUUUGCGCCUGCAAACAUGCUCGCCGCCAAUGGUCAAGUAAACCAAGACACUUUUCUGCGAUCGCCCAAAUAUAGCAACGUUUUCAUUGUUGGUGACGCGGGAAACCUGGAAUCAAUGCAAGGCAUACAUGUCGAGUCCCAACUCCGCCAUCUCACCAAACAAUUUCAAACGUACUUGGAGACUGGCAAAAUCGAACAGUACAAGCCUGACAAUAAAGUCAUGGUGGGUAUAUCGAUUGGACCAGGUGGUGGCACUGGACAAAUGGGUACAAUAAAGCCCCUUAGUUUAUUGGUAUGGUUCUUGAAGAGUCGCUACUUGGGGAUACAAGUUGCUCCUGAAUAUGCAGCGGGGUUGAAGGGCUUCAGAGGCAAGUGGUAGGGAGCAGCUGAUGUUGAAAAGCUUUAUUGUUUUGUACGCGAAGUUCGCAAUGCUUGUGUCGGAUACCAAAUUGAUUUGUCUCUCUUUUUUUUUUUU